CUGUCAGCUGACUCUACCCGGAAACGUUUCGUGAAACUGACAGCAACAUAAAAAGGUUUUCAUCCAGAACAUUUGUUUACACUAAACUAGGAAUUAUAAUCGAUGGAGUCGACGCUUGAACAGCAUCUUGAUGAUACCAUGAAGAAUCCAGCAGUGGUCGGAGUCCUCUGCACUGAUCAACAGGGACACAGUCUGGGAUGUCGUGGCUCAUUGACUGACGAACACGGUGGCGUCGUGUCUGUUUUGGCCAAACAAGCUGCAGCUCUCCCCAAAGACCCAACAGACUCCCCUACUGUCUGCCUGGAGUCUGACUCAGGGAACAUCUUGGUGAGAAGCCACGGGAGCAUAACCAUAGCAGUCCACAAGAUCGCCUCCUGAAGACUCCACGACUCUUCAGCAUUUAUAUU